AUGAGCAAUACCUCUACGAGUUCUGUUCUCGAGACAUCCCGGCUGAUACAAGACACCAAGGGCAAAUACAUGUUUAUUGGGGACUCAGCAGACUUGUCGCUGCUUCAGAAUAUUUGCAGUCUUGUUGGGACGUGCAUCGGACCAUGUACGUUUGUGGAAGAUCCUUUCCGAUAUCAGAUGGUCGAGUCGGCGCCUGAAGGUCCCGCUACGUGGCUGCACGCAACAGACCACCGACCUCCUGUCAAACCGAGCUUUGAUGAGGCAGCUUAUCUGAUUCGUCGGUAUAUCAUGGCCACAAACUGUGUGCUGGAUCUCUUUGACGAGAGUGACCUCCUCGACAAUCUCGCAAGUUGGCUGGAGACUGAACCGCACCACACGUCUGUCUUGAGCGCGAUAUACUUUCUCGUGUUCGCCAUAGGAGCCCAGACAUGUCCCGAAGAUAAAGAUGCACUUGCCAAGGUCUACUUUGAUUAUGGCCGGUUUCUAACGGCAUCAUAUUUCAUGGAAGAUCCCAGCAUUCCAACCGUGCAAGCAUACGCCAUGAUUACAAUGUAUCUGCUGGGGGCGUCUCGAAGAAAUGCUGCAUUUAUGUAUCUCGGAACGGCCGUUCGUGCCGCUUAUGCUCUCGGGCUACAUCGGUCUGAUAUCGCCGGGCUCUUUUCUCCGGCCGAGAUCAAAACACGGGAGAGGGUCUGGAAGGUGAUGCGGAUCCUUGACCUCUUUAUGAGCACCUCGCUGGGCAGGCCUCCGUCUACGGAAGAGACUCGGAACACAGAGCUGGACGAGAACUACUCCCCGUCGGUGGACCUGUGCGCCAUCUUCGAAAAGAUCUUGACCGACAUAUAUGCGAAGCGGAUGAUCUCCACCGACACAAUUCAGAAAAUCAGCCAACACCAUCGCCGAUGGACAGUGCGCUUCCACAGCUAUCUAGACACAGACCGAAUCAAGGACCAGGAAUUCCUCGAGGGCCGGCUGCCAAAUAUUGGUCUCAUACACGUCCAUGAAGCCUACUACUGGACUAUCAUGCUUCUGACUCGGCCGUUCUUCGUGGAGUAUAUUUCCAGUCGCAUUGCACUGAAGGCGCAGAACUGCAGCGAUGGAGACAGAAGCCCUGACCCUCUCCGAUCUUCCCACCGAAUCCAAGUUCACGCUUGUGUCAACUCUGCGAUAAGCACGGUGAAUCUGUUGAGAAAGUUACUUGGAUUUGAAGGUAUACCGAAGAGGCUUCCUUUUGUUGUCAAUUCGAUCUUUGUUUCAGGUCUCGUACUGGGAUUGUCUUACUUCGGUGACUUGUAUAAGAUAUAUCCCUUGGAUGACAGCCUCGGCACUGCUUUGCGGCUGCUUGACCUCUUUCCACACGACGCUGUCGCAAAAAGGAAUCUGGUGAUUCUUCAGUCACUGCUAGAUGCAUGCAAGAUCUACGUCAGGAGGAAAACAACGGAGAAUAUGGCAAUUCACUCUCAACUGGUGAGUGGAAUGUUUGGACAAAUACGUAGAGAAGAUGAGAAGGAACAUUCGGGCACGACAAGUAUUCCGGCGAGAGAUACUCGCUCUGUCGACAACAUCGAGAACCUCCUAGGUCGACCAGACUUGCAUAUCGACCAAGGACUGAGCACUUUACCCACCGAUGCCAACGGCGAAAAUGCUGGAUCGCAUACGCUCGAUGACACAGAUAUCGAUAACCUCAAUCUCGAGGUGUUGGCUGGUCCCUCUGCAUUUGACGAUGACAUCUCGAUGCUACCUCCUAUGUCUCCAAGGACAUUAUGGUUCGGCUCCUACGAGGAUAACGUACCCUUGUUCUCUAUGAUGGAUGAGCGAGAUUUCCUGGAAUAG